UUUUUUUUUCUUUUGUAUCUUUUGUUCUUUCUCUUUUUUCAUCUCCUUUGCUGAAAGACAUUUUAAUCCCCAUCCCCCUCCUUUCAUAUUAAUUAUAUAACUUCUUUUUGAAAGAAAAAACCCUUCCCUUUUCAUCUGAUUACAUCGAAUAAAGAUGCGUAUUCCAGUCAUUCUCGGUUCGAUUGCCUUUGCAGUUGGAACAGAAGCAGCUCCAAACUACAAGAGAGCAGCAAAAGAAGAUGGAAACGAGGAGGCUAAAACCACUACAGAGAAAAAAAACAUGACGCAUAAAACUCAGGCCAAAACAGUCCAGAAAGCAGAAGUGACAAGUACACCCCAGUUUGCUAAUAAGCCUACAGAAGCCUCAACUAAGAAAGAGGCUACUACUACCAAAGAGGCAGCAACAACAAAAACAACAAAAGAAGCAACAAAGGCUGCUGCUACCACUACUACCAAAAAAGAGGCUACAAAAGAAUCUUCCAGGGCCAUACCAACCACUACAUCUACAACAGUAGUAACUUCAUCAUCAUCAUCCUCAUUAUCUAUUCCUACCUCUUCUUCCGAUAUCCUAUCAUCAGCAUCUCUCACGACCACAUCAACAGCUUUGACAACUAGCUCUACAUUGUCUCUUGUUACAUCCUCGUCAUCUGUCAGUAGUGCAAUUACUUCACCUUCCACCUCCAAUUCUGCUGCUAUGGCUGAUAAAGCAAGCAAUCAAGAUGGUGGCAUAUCUGGUGGGGCCAUUGGAGGUAUUAUCGCUGCUAUUCUUAUUAUAGUCGUUGGUGCUUGUUCUUUUAUUGCACUUCGUAGAAGACAAGAGAGAAGACAGCGUCACAUGAACAGAAUGUCUGCUAAACCUGAUCCAUUCACUAUGGGCUUUGGUAGUGACAGCGCAUUUAAUGGUGGUUAUCAACCCCCUAUGCAACAGGUCAAUCAAUACCAACACCAGUAUGGUACUCAACCUGCUGCUUACGAUAACCAGCCUCCUAUGACUGAAAACAAUCCAAUGGUUCAACCAGCUGCUUACUCUUCUCAGCCUAUUCAACAAUACCAACCUGAUACAGCUUAUAAACCAGACGAGACAACAGAUAUUGCCAGCGCUGUUACUACUGGUGCCACUGCUGCUGCUGGUGGUGGUGCUGCUGUUGGUGCUGCUGUUGCUGGUGCUGCAGCUAUGGGCUCUGCUGCUGCUCUUGAUAAUGACAACACAACUCUUCAACCACUUUUAGCUCCUACCCAACCCGGUUCACUUGGUGUAUUCUAUGUUGCAGCCACUUAUACACCUACUUUGAGUGAUGAAAUUGAUAUUCAAACUGGUGAUCAAGUCGAAAUCCUUGUAGAAUAUGAUGAUGGUUGGUGCCAAGGUAUCAAUUUGACUCGAGGCAACUUCAAGGGUGUGUUCCCUAAGCAUUGUAUCGACUAUACACCUCCAGAUCAACCAUCUCAGCCUACUACCCCUAAUACUUUAAGCACUAACAAUGAAGUAGACAGAACGAAGCGAGUAAGUUCGAUGUAUGUUGGUUGAUGACUUUAUGUCUUAUUAUAUUAUAUCUUAAUAAACAAUACAAUGGGCUAUUUCAAUUAUAA